AUGAAGCAUCAAAGUAGGAAAAGUCCAUCAAAAAGGAAAACUCCUGAAAAACAACAACUACAAGAUUCAGACUCUGAUUUUGAAAGUAGUCAUCCAUCGAAGAAGGCAAAAAAAAAAAUUUACUCAAUGAAAAACAGAUGUUCACCAGAGGCAUUACUAUCUAUAAUCCUUGGGAUGAGAAAAGAACAAAAAGAAUCUGUAAGAUCUAUGGGUUUUGGAGCUUUGUUAAAAAUGAACUUCACGGAUAUACCACUGAAGCUGGGAUUUUAUGUUCUUCAAAAAAUUAAUUCUGAGAGAAUGGUGAUAGAUAAUGAAGGAAAGGAAUUGAAAGUAACAGCAGAGUCUGUUCAUGACAUGUUGGGCAUACCAAUUGGUGGAACCAAACUUACACUACUGGAUCAAUGGCCUAAGGAUGAUACAAGUUAUGAUGAAUGGAAGCAACAAUUUAAAAAAGAUUCAAUCAUCCGACUGAGUGCAAUCAAAAAUGUUAUUGUUUCUACCACACAAACUGAUUUCAAUUUCAAAUUAAACUUCUUAGUUCUUUUUGUCAACACUUUUUGCGAGUCAACAUCAAUGGGAAGAUGCAACCUGUUUCCCUUGAGUUAUAUUUCAAGAAAAACAGAUAUCAGCAACAUAGACUGGUGCAACUAUGUUUAG